AAGUUGUAACUCAAACCCAGCAAACAGAACACGUUGGCUCCUCCGGGGGGAACGGAGAUUUUGAGGGGGAGUGUGAAGUUUAGGGAAGAGCCCUCUUUUCUUCAGCUGCUGACGCGGAUGGGACUGUUUGUGCAACGACGCCAAGGACCACCGAAAUCCAACCAUGUUAUCUUGGAUCAUAAGUGUUUGGACCAUUCUUGUGGUAGCGCAAUGUUACUUUUCAGAGGAAAAUUAUACCGAAGAGUCAAAGAUGCAGAUGCCCACUGUCGUUAUAGCUAUAAUCGCACGGAACGCCGCUCAUUCUUUACCCUACUACCUCGGAGCUCUCGAGAGAUUGAACUAUCCCAAAGAGCGCAUCUCUAUCUGGGCAGCGACAGACCACAACAUUGACAACACAACAGCAAUCCUGCGAGAAUGGCUCACUGUCAUGCAAACACAAUAUCACUAUAUUGAGUGGAGACCUUUAGAUAAACCCACGUCCUAUGUAGGUGAGUUGGGGCCCAAGCACUGGACUAACGGCCGCUAUGAGUAUGUUAUGAAGCUCAAACAGGCAGCGCUGAACUUUGCCAAGAAACGCUGGGCUGACUACAUUCUGUAUUCAGACACAGACAACAUCCUGACUAACCCGGACACACUGCAACUCUUGAUGGCAGAAAACAAGUCAGUCAUUGCCCCCAUGCUGGACUCACAGUCAGCGUACUCCAACUACUGGUGUGGCAUCACUCCACAGGGAUACUAUCGUCGUACUGCUGAGUACUUUCCCACAAAACAGCGUCAAAGGCGGGGCUGCUACCCGGUGCCGAUGGUCCACUCCACUAUUCUGCUGGACCUGCGCAAAGAAGGCACCAAGAAAGUGUCCUUCCACCCCCCUCACAAAGACUACUCCUGGCCCUUUGACGACAUCAUCGUAUUUGCCUUCUCCUGCCGAAUAUCAGAGGUGCAGAUGUAUCUGUGCAACAAGGAGCGUUAUGGGUAUCUGAAUGUACCUACAAAGCCUCAUCAGACCGUGGAGGAUGAUCGAAUCAAUUUUGUCCACCUUUACCUGGAAUCUUUGAUCCACGGGCCGCCAAUGUACUUGUCUCGCUAUGUCCACGUUCCUCCUAAACAGUCUGAUCUCAUGGGCUUUGAUGAGAUCUACCUGAUAAACCUGCGCAGACGUCCAGACCGCAGGGACAGGAUGUUAUGGUCGCUGUAUGAGCUAGAGAUUGAUGCCAAAGUUGUGGAUGCUAUAGAUGGAGCAGCUCUGAACAGCAGCGAUAUUAAGAUUCUAGGUGUUGAUCUCUUACCUGGUUACUACGACCCUUUCUCCGGCCGCACGCUGACCAAGGGAGAGGUGGGCUGCUUCCUCAGCCACUACUACAUCUGGAAAGAGAUGGUAGAUAUGCAGCUAGACAAGGCGUUGAUCUUUGAGGACGACAUGCGUUUCCAAGCCAACUUCAAGCGUCGCCUGAUGCGGCUGAUGGAGGAGGUGGAGCAGGUGGAGCUGGACUGGGACAUCAUAUACCUGGGCAGGAAGAAGGUGAACCCUGAAGAGGAAGUUGCAGUGGAGAAUGUGAGGAACCUGGUGUACGCCGAUUACUCCUACUGGACGCUGUCUUACGCCAUCUCUCUUCAGGGAGCUCAGAAGCUCCUUAACGCCGAACCGAUAUCCAAGAUGCUUCCUGUGGAUGAGUUUCUACCCAUCAUGUAUGACAAGCACCCCAAUGAGGACUACAAAUCCCAUUUUCCCAAUCGGAAUCUGAUGGCGUAUUCCACACACCCCCUUCUGGUGCAGCCCUGCCAUUACGCCGGGGACCCGGAGUGGGUGAGCGACACAGAGACCUCAACGCUGUGGGAUGAUGACAAUGUGCGCACGGACUGGAGGGGCUCCCAUAAAACUCUCAAGGGUUCUCAGCCACCGGCCGGCCUGCAGAGCGCCACCUACAAGGACGAGUUGUGAAGUCUUCCCCAAAACCACAUGAAUGGUCAUUUUCUAAGAGCAGAGAGAUUAGAAGGAGUGAGCAGCUCUUUAUAAGGACAAAUGUCUCUCAUCAUGGAGACCUCAAAAGUGGAAGAGACGAGGGAGACCUGGGACCAAUCCUUAGGAAGAGACUUUCACUCUACAACAACAAAAAUUAUUUCUUACAUCAGUAUUUUUCUUGUUUUCCAGUAAAAAAAAUAA